AUGAAAAUUGAAUCCGACCAAUUCCCCGACUACGGAGAUUUCCGCGUUGUAUUUACUCACAAUCCCGAUGUUGAUGAUGUGAUGAUUGAGCGAGACUCAUGUCCUGCGGGAGAGGAGGGGAACAAGUGUAACGAUGCAAGGCCAUCCGAAUUGAAGGGAACCUCUGCUCUGGGUUUUAUCUUCAAGGAAGGUGUUAUUGUAGCUACUGAUCAUCAUCAUUCACUGCCUAAAGUAUAUGAUGAGUUAUCUUGGGAGGAGUUAUAUUGGGUCAGAGAGAUUGAUUCAUGUCGUAAAUCAGAUGCAUCCAAAGAGUUUGUCGAGAGCGUUAUUGACCUCGACACCCACGUGCUCGCCACUGUCUCUGCAGGGGCCCUAGAGUACCUGCUUGCACCUGCGGAGCGGAAAGGCUCUGUUGCAAAGGCAACGUAUUGGGUGGGUGAGACUCUAGAUUAUAGCUUUUACAAGGGUUAUGGAAUAGACAUGCUGAUUGCUGGUUGGGAUGAAUCUAAUGGUUUUAGCAUGUAUUGCCUGGAUGAUAAGGGCAUCGUUCUUCAAGAAAACCAUUUUGCCAUUGGAUCUGGUUCACCACAUGCUGAGGAUCUUAAACCUUUCGAGACUUCCGUUUAUGAUAUGUCCUGCGACGAAGCCAAAAAGUUUGCUGAAUGUGCGAUUGGCACGAUCGCGGUUGAAGUCAAUAUGGGCAUUGAACGAGGCGAAAAUGGUGAAACUGGUGGUUUCAUCAGUGGGUACCUCGUCGAGACUGGUGGGUGGAAGACAAUCUUUCGUGAUGAAUAUAUGCAUGAACCAGCAAAGAAGACGAAAGAGCCGAGCCAAUAA